AGUUGUGAACCCGCGCCACCAUCGUGACGUGACGUGUGUGAGAGGGACGCCUAAAGCGGUAGUGAGUGAGACUGGUCGUCUAGUGACUGUACUGUAAGACUGUAAGAGCAGAGCCACUUAGUGUCCUGGUAGACUGGUCGUGUCUGUUACUGAACGACAAAUGUUUGUGUCAGGAGCGCUGCCAUGGGAGGUGCCGCCGCCCGCCUUACCGCCCCUUGGCGGCCUGCUCAGCAUGUUGGACGGCAAAGAGGGCGUACGGGCGUCCAUGCUGUUUCCCCCGCCCGUGCCCAGGACUGCCGCUUGUGUAGUACUUUCCCAGCCCAGCAUCAGCCCCACGCCCGCACUCUCCCUCAGCCCGCGCCACACGCCCACGUCCGCUCUCACCUACACCAAGACUUCUUCACCACCUACAGCACCGCCGCUAAAGUUCGGCGUGGACCGCCUGUUGGCCGCUGAGCCCCGCAGAGAUCUCUCAUCACUACUGCCGCCACCAACACCACACCUGUUCCCUCCUCCACCACCCCCCUCUACCAUGACCACCUCCCUCAUGUCCAGCCUAGGAGGUACCACCUGUCCGGUCAUCACCACCUCCCACCACACCUCCGCCUGCCCUAACAUGACCAGCUCCCUCACCUGCCCCGUCAUGACCUCGUGUGUGACCUCGGCUGGCGGGUGUGGGUGUGACGCGACUGGGGGGAAGUGUCCCUCUGACUGUGGCUACUACUACGCCCCGCUCUACACACACCCUGCCCACCUCCUGCCCUACAGCCCUCUAUACGGUGGUGGUGUAGGCGGCGGCAGCAGUAGCAACAGGCACGAUUUAGUAGGCGUGGGUGUGGCGCCACCUGGGGGAAGUCACGGGCGGCGGAAGAGGACUUGGACGCGGGCGGUAUUCAGCAAUCUACAGAGGAAGGGGCUGGAGAAGAGGUUUCAACUGCAGAAGUACAUCACCAAGCCCGACCGUCGUCAGCUGGCAGCCACCCUCGGCCUAACCGAUGCCCAGGUCAAAGUUUGGUUCCAAAAUCGAAGAAUGAAGUGGCGUCAUGCGGAGCUCAAGAAGCGUGAACAGCAGCAGAUGCAGCAACAGCAGCAGCAACAGAAGCAAGAGGUGAACCCAAGAGAACAGGAUGUGGUGGCGAGGUUGGAAGAGGAGGAGGAGGAAGAGGAAGAAGAGGAGGAGGAGGAAGGGGAAGAGAGGUUAGCAGACCAGGAGAUGGAGUGUGUGGAUGGACAUGACGAUGAUGAUGAAGAAAUAGACUUGGGGGAUGGUCAAGUAACAGAACCUAUGAGUGAAAUCAAUGUUAUCUGAGGAAGUUUGAUUUUAUGAAAGAAUGAACUAUUAAUGAACAUUUUACGGUAUGGAACUUACAGAAAACGAGCAAAAAAUAAAAUAAAAUACCAAGAACUAAAAUUUUGAGUCAUAUGGAUAUUUUAAAUUGCAGAAAAUGCCAAAACAAACAAGAAAACACAAAUUAUGACAGAAGAAUUAUGAAACUCUGGGUUUAAAAAAUUCUCAUUGACUUAAGGAAAAUAAUUCUCUCAACCAGAAAAGUAUAUAGAAACAAGACUUGAAAUUUGAGCCUUGCCUUGGGGAUAUGAAGAUGGUUGCCACAGACAGUUAUUUCUAUUCAUGUAUUUAAGUUGGCUUAAGGUUAUGUUGAUGAUGUAUGACCUCAUAUAUAUUUAUAAAAAUGAUUUGUAGGUUAGUAAUUUUAUGAUGUAUAUAUUACUUAUUAAAUAUAAAGAAAUCCUUAA